AUGGACAAUGACAGCGAUAUCGGUGUCAACAAUAACAAUGGCAACAGUGAUGGGGUGCACUGUGGCCGCAGCAGCAGGAGGAUCCUGUACAGCAAGGAGCGCUACAGCUGGGCGAUGGACGUCUUGAGGCACGAGCUGCGGCUGGUGGCAUCCUACAGGCGCCUGGAGCGGCGCAGCAGGGCAAGCGAGAGGGAGCUGCGGCGGCGGGACGCCAACUUCGCCGAGGAUGACCUGACAAGGGCGGCAUGGUUCUACGAGAACUUGACCGGCCUGGGGUGGUCCAUCAGGGAGCGGGGGGCGCUGGCCAGGGUGCUGCACCUUGGCCUGGUUGUGCAUGUUGGUUUGGUCAUCUUGGAUGGAUUUGAGCCUGGGAAAUUGACCUGGGUGCGGGCAUUAAAGGGAGAAGACGUGCCCAUUUCUGCCCAUUUGAGACAGCCAUCAGGUUUGUUGGGGCAGUCGCACAUGUUCCUGGCACGGGAGGACUUUGAGGAGGCAUUUGCGAAGUUGCCAUCGCAGAAGGCCAGCCGGCGCGGCGCACCAGAAGGCCAUCUGACCUGGGAACGGGUCAUGUGCAUGGUGAGCGCCACGAUCGAGCUGCACGCCCUUGUGAUGGCACUUUUUGGUGAUUCACCAGUUGUGUCAGACGUUGCUGGAGUGGGGGGGGUGGCGUGGAAGUACCUCUUAGGCACUUGCGUGGCCAACCACUGCCACAGGGACGAGAACCAGACCCUGACAGAUGCCCCGGGUACCCUGGCCAGCAUCGCUGACAAGUUGUCGCAGCGAGCUCCCUAUGGUGCCAGGCUAGAGAAGCUGCUCGGACCUGGGGCCCGUGCACAGGGCGCUUGGACGUGGAUUGUGGUUGUGUGUGGGAACAUUGCGGAUGUGGUGACCAGAGGAAUGCACGGGUCGCCUCCGGAGGAGGGCGGGGUGAUGCUGCCGCCGAGACUGAGGGAGGCAGAGUGGGGGGAGAGGAUGGCGGUGCUGGCGAGGGAGCUGAACGAGGCGAUCGGGGCAGCCUUGGAGAUUCCCAGGGAUGGUGACAAGGUCCCGAGGAGGCGGAGGAAGGGCUGUUGA